AGACGACUCGCUCCUUCCUUAAUCUCUUUCUCAUUCUCACUCUCUACCUUAACAUCAUUCAUACUGCUACUCCAUCGAUCGAUCCACCUCAUCCAUGGCAUCGUCUUACGCGGCUGUCCUUUCCCUUCUCCAACUUCUUCACGACAUCCAGCGUCCCUCUGGCCGUUGGAAUAAUUGUCUGGACGAGCUGCAGAUUCAGUUGCUUCGCGAUCGCCUCUCUUACUUUAUGGCUUUUCUCGAAGACUUUCACGGCAAAUCAGAAGCUGCAGACGCAUUGGCGACACAAAUCAUGGACGCCUCUCGUGCUGCUCAGGGUAUCAUCAAAUACUUUGUGUCGGUCCAGGUUCUUCGCCCAUACAUUAAUUUAGGGGAAUUAGAUCUGCCGUCCUACGCCAGAGACAUUCAAGCAAUUAUACAAAAAAUGGAUGUGCUGCUAGAAAGGGCGUUGGAAGUAAGAGAUGAAAUUGUCGCUGUGGAUCUCAAAUCCUUCAAUCCUCCAAUUGUUGCUGCUGCUCAUUCAAGACAAGCAGCUCCAACUGCGAAGAAUCCUAUGGUGGGGCUGGACGAUGCUUUGGUUCAAAUCAGGGACAAACUCACUGGCAGCAGAUCCAAGCUGGAAACCAUCCCAAUUGUGGGGAUGGGUGGGAUUGGUAAGACUACUCUCGCUCUUAAUGUUUAUAAUAAUGAUUGGGUUGUUGAGCACUUUGACAUUCGCGUUUGGAUUACCAUCUCUCAAACAUACACUCUGCGGGAAAUUCUCUUAGAGCUUUCAGAAAGUGGGAUAGGAGAAAAAAGUGAGGAAGAGAUAGGAGAAUUGGUAUACAAGAGAUUGUUUGGGAGGAGGUACUUGAUCGUAUUGGAUGAUGUGUGGAAUAUUGAGGCAUGGAAUGUGUUAAGAAGGUUCCUUCCCGACAAUGGCAAUGGAAGUCGGGUUUUGUUGACCACGAGGCUGGUUGGUGUUGCAGCUGAUUUUGGCUCGGACAUUCCCUAUGCAAUGCAAUUGUUAGAGGAACACAAGAGUUGGGUUAUGUUGCGUGAUAUAGUAUUCUCAGAGGAAGUUUGUCCUGUUGAAUUGGAGAAAAUAGGAAAGAAAAUUGCCACAGGUUGUCGAGGUCUUCCAUUGGCAAUAGCUGUAAUUGGUGGAGUUUUGAGAAGGUCAGAAAAGACAUUGGAGUGCUGGGAGCAAGUUGCUGAGAAUCUAAAUGCAAUUGUAACUUGGGAAAAUGAGGAACAUUGCUUUAAGAUAUUGCGUAUGAGUUACAGUUGCUUGCCGAUUCGUUUGAAGCCGUGCUUCCUAUGUAUGUCACAUUUUCCAGAGGAUAAGGUAAUCAAAGUCUCUGAACUCAUCAAGUUUUGGGUUGCGGAGGGAUUUCUAAAACCCAUAAACGGUAAGAUUUUGGAAGACGUUGCACGUGAGUACUUGGACCACCUUAUUGAUAGAAACCUUAUCUUAGUUCGCGAGAGAGGGGUUUCAGGUAAAGCAAAGUAUUGUGGUGUCCAUGAUCUGGUACGAGACUUGUCGCUGAAGGAAGCCCGCAAGGAGAACUUCACCCUUGUUGAAAAGUUGUCAAGUAACUCCGCUGUGUUUGUGUUGGGGUUACGUAGUGAGGAUGGUGAGCUCUUAUGGGAAUUGUUGUCCUCGCAAGCUUCGAAUAUGUUAAACAACAAUUUGGUGGAGUCAAUUGUGCAUCUUGUGCAAUUCAGGUAUCUUUCCGUUCCUUUUGAUUCAGGACAGCUCAUGGUAAAGAAACUUAAAAUGCUACCAUUUCUUUGGAACCUACAAACUAUAUCCAUAGAUAACCUUUCUGCAACAAUUACUCUACCAUCUAUGUUUUGGACGAUGACACAACUUAGGCAUAUAAAUAUUCUCACUAGUAUUGUUUUACCUGAGCCACCUCCAAAAUCCCAGUCUUGUUGUACUUUGGAAAACUUACAAACUCUAUCUUAUGUGAGAGAUUUUAGGUGUAGUGAAGAGAUUUACAAGAGGAUUCCGAAUGUGAAGAAACUUAGAAUACGCUAUUUUUCAGGAGAUGUGGAGGAGGGGCCAUACUAUAGCGUUAGGAAUCUUGUCCAUUUGUGUAGGCUUGAGUUACUUGAUCUUUUUGGGACGAUGGUUUCCAUUAAAGACAUUUCUUUCCGACAUUAUCUGAGAAAGUUGAGAAUACAGCGUACUAAUAUUUGGUGGAGUGAGAUGGUGGCCAUUGGUUCAUUACCCAAUUUGGAAAUUCUUGUAAUUGGAGACCGUGGUGUUAAAGGGCUUGAGUGGAAUGUAACUGAAGGGGAAUUUGUUCGAUUGAAAAGAUUGUGUGUUGGUUAUGUUGAUUUGAAGUAUUGGAAAACAGAGGAAGGUAGCUUUCCAAGCCUUGAGGAACUCAAGUUUGACAGUUUCGUCAAUGUUUUCAUAUUAGAAGAAUUACCUGACCCUCUCGACUUUGCUGACAUUCCCAAGCUUAGAUUGAUCAAAGUUAGUAGAUGUGGUAAGUCGAUUAAAAGUUGGGCAAAGCAGAUUAAAGAAGAACGUGAGGAAUUAGGAUACGGAUCCAUUCAAUUAAGCAUUGAUUGAUACUAGUGUCGUUGCAUUCAAUUAUAAUUUCAUAUUAUUAUCAUGUAAGAAUAGUUGGCAGGUUUGUUAAUUUGAUAUUGGAAUGAUGAUUGUACUUUUUCAAUUUUAAUCAUGUAUGUAUGGUAUUUAUUCU